AGAACGCAGACGCAACACACUGCGAUCGCCGCGAGUCUUUCUUCGCUCAGUUUCUUCGUUCGGGUUUUACGUGUUUCGUUUACGUUAUCGCCUGUGUUUUAUCGUUUACCGUUGUGCAGUGUUAAACUAUUUACGCUUUGUUUUGUGGGUGCACCACCACCAGCACCUCCACCCCCCUCAGCCACCAAGUGCCAAGUGACCAAAAGAAAAAAAUAAUAAUCAAAUGACACGUGCGUGAAAUAUAAAUUUUACUAUCAUUCAGCGACCGACAAUAAUAACAACGGCUUUAUUUGGGAUUACCUCGGCAUUCAGAAGAAGAAAACGGCAUGUCCUUCCAGCGUAGCUACAGCAAAGUGUGGUGGGGCUCGGAGCAGUCCUCCCUGACCAGCGGCGGCAUCUAUUCGAGCUUCAGUGGCAGCCACUCGUCCGGAGCGCAGAGGCAACCCGCCUCCCUGGGCCCGUUGGGCAAUCUCUCCUGCAUCCAAGAGGUGGAGGAUGAGCAAAAUAGCUCCAAGCUAUCCUGGCACAAGCACGAUAGUCCCGGCAGUCUGCGCAGUCAGGAUUCGGGUUUUUCGGACAAUGAGGAAUCACAUCAGCUGCAGCAUCGCCAACAAUCACAAUCCCCGCAAUCGCCUCAGUCGGAUGACAAGCAAACCCCCACGGCCACGCCCACCUCGGUGCGUUCCGUGGCCACGCCCCCAACUGUGGUACGCCGCGUGGGCAACUCAGCGUUCUACUCGCCGCUGAUCAGUGUCUCCCGCCGGAUUUCGUUCACCAGCGGCCAAAAGACGCCAAAGGCGAAAUCUGACAAGCAAGAGGAGGAGGCGGAAGACCAGGACGAGGAGGAUGCUGUGGAUGCGGAAUUGGCGGCUAGCCGCAGUCGGCUUUUCGAGCAACUGGAUAGCAUAAAGCUGGACGAUGAGGCGGAGCUUGUGACGGCGGAGGAGGAUUCACCGCCUCCACGUCCGGCAAUAAGACGCCGUCGGCGAAUUAUGCGAAAAGCCAAACCGGAACCGGAAGAGGGUUCGGCCACCGAGGAGGAGGAGCAAGAGCAGGUUUCUGCGCCACCACCGCCUCCAUACAAUAACGAGACCGUUUACUUGGGCGAGGCACCACCGCCCUACAACAACGAGACCGUGACCUUUGGCACCAUCGAGCAGGACGAGACCCUGCAGCCCCAGCCCUCUCCCCUAAGAGUGAGUGCUCUGCGAUUCACGGCCAGCACAAGUACACCAAAGACGCGCUCGAGGAUCGCAAAGAAGACGAGAAAACAUCCAGAGCCCGUGACCAGUUGGAUGCAGGAGCAGCGCUGGGCCGGAGAGCCGGAAGUGAUGUGCACCCUGCAGCACAAGUCCAUUGCCCAGGAGGCGUACAAGAACUUCACCAUCACCACAAGUGCGGUAUGCAAACUGGUGCGGCAACUGCAGCAGCAGGCUCUGUCGCUCCAGGUGCACUUUGAGCGCAGCGAGCGAGUGCUCAGCGGACUGCAGGCCAGUUCCCUGCCGGAGGCCCUCGCUGGAGCCACUCAGCUGCUCUCCCACCUGGACGACUUCACCAGCACGCUGGAGCGUCGUGCGAUAUUCUUCAAUGAUGCCAAGAUCGAGAGGAGACGCUAUGAACAGCAUCUCGAGCAGAUCAGGACGGUGAGCAAGGACACGAGGUACUCCCUGGAGCGGCAGCAUUACAUCAACUUGGAGUCCCUGCUGGAUGAUGUGCAACUCCUAAAGAGACACACUCUGAUCACGCUUCGCCUGAUCUUCGAGCGAUUGGUUCGCAUUCUGGUGGUCAGCAUCGAGCAGAGUCGCUGUGAUCUGCUCCUGAGGGCCAAUAUCAAUAUGGUGGCCACUUUGAUGAACAUUGAUUACGAUGGCUUUGCCUCCUUGUCGGAUGCCUUUGUCCAGAACGAGGCAGUGCGUACUCUCCUGGUGGUUGUGCUGGAUCACAAACAGAGUUCCGUGAGGGCCCUGGCUCUUCGAGCACUGGCUACCUUGUGCUGUGCUCCCCAGGCGAUCAAUCAGCUCGGGAGCUGUGGCGGCAUUGAGAUCGUUAGGGACAUUCUCCAGGUGGAGUCUGCCGGCGAGAGAGGAGCCAUCGAGCGCAGGGAGGCGGUAUCCCUACUGGCCCAGAUCACAGCCGCCUGGCAUGGACCAGAGCACCGAGUGCCCGGCUUGAGGGAUUGUGCCGAGAGCCUGGUGGCUGGAUUGGCUGCCCUCCUGCAACCGGAGUGCUGUGCCCAGACAUUGCUCCUCUGUGCCGCUGCCUUAAAUAAUUUGAGUCGAAUGGAGGCCACCUCACACUACUCCAUAAUGUCCAACGAGGCCAUCUUUCGUUUGAUUGAUACCCUGGAACACCAGGACUGCGGCACCAGUGUUUUUCUCUAUGAGCAGAUCGUUGGGAUGCUGCACAACAUGUCGCUGAACAAGAAGUGCCACAGCCACUUGGCCAACGGCGUCAUCAUAAAUUUCAUCACGUCCGUGUACCAAACGGAAUUCUACAAGACCUACGGCUCACGUGCGGAGAGCGAUGCCCAGCGCCGCAGCAUCAAGACCAUUCUGCACACGCUGACGCGCCUGGCCAGUGAUUCGCCCACGCUGGGAGCGGAGCUCCUGGAGCAGUGGCAUCUGCCGGAUCUGCUGCGCCAGUCCUUGGCCCUCAAGCCGCAAGUCGCCUCGGCCAUAUUGACUUCUCCCCAGCAGCAGCACGGCAGGGAUAUAUCCCAGUUGGGGCGACAACUGCUCGGUGUCCACCAGCAGGAGCAGCAGAUGCUGGCCACUCCCGUGCCGGUGGGCUCCUUCUCCAGUGGCCAUCAGAUGCCCGAGGCCCAAACGCAGACCAGUUCCAGUGCCAACUCGAAAACCAAGGCCAAGUCGGCGUCGUCGACGUUGCUCAAAUUCAAUUUAACACGUCAGGAGAGUUUCGUCUAGUGUUCACCACCUGAGUAGAGUUUAUUUUGGAAGGAUAAGGGAGCUACACGGAGAGAAAAUGUAACAAUCUAUGCUUAUUAACUAUCUAAUUACUCUUUAUAUUAGCCACAUAAUCUUAAAGCCAAAUCACUUUCCUUAAAGCUUAUUGCUAUUAUUUAUUGAAAUUGAUUUAAAACAUAAAACUCAAUUAAAUUAUCCUGUAAAGUAGUAAGACACUACAAAUAAAAGAUGCGUAACGCACAGCUUUACAAUUUAUUAAUUAACCUAUUAAUACUUCAAUGUGGCUGUGCGUUGUUAUUCAAUUUUUAUUUGACUAUAAUAUCAUAAUUUCCUUCAGAAAUUACUUAUUUUUCUACCAAAAAUACCCCGAAAUUUCACACAUAUUUUGCAAAGAUUUUCUCUCUGUGCAGACACGUCCUUUGACCGGACACAAGCCGGAAACGCAGACGUGCGUCAAGUGUUAUUACUUUGUCUAGGAUGUUGCGUGACCCGUUUGGCCUCGCUCUCGCUCGCACCUCUCCUCCCCUCUCGCUUCAACGUUAUCCUUGCUGCUGGAUGUAAACGAAGUAAUUUUUAUAUUUCCACUCAGGCAAACAAAACAAACUAAGGGGGCGGGGC